AUCUUUCACUGCAAGACGUAGUCUAAACGUACAUAUGCUGACGGUCCACAAAGGAGAGAGACCGUUCAGGUGUGAUAUCUGUGGCAAUACCUUUAGUCAGAAGAGUGGACUAAAGACUCAUCAGAGAGUUCACACAGGAGAGAGACCCUACACAUGUGACAAGUGUGACAAAAGCUUCAGCAUGAAAAGUGCACUAAAUAUGCACCAAAUCGUUCACACUGGUGAAAAAGCGUUUAGCUGCGAGAUUUGCGGCAAGUGUUUCAGUCUUGCCCCUAACCUACACAGGCACCAGAGAAUUCACAUUGGGCUCAAAGCCUUUAACUGUGAGGUUUGUCAGAAGAGUUUCUCACAAGCCAGUCAUCUAAAGGUCCACCAGCACAUCCACACGGGUGAGAAAGCCUGCAUCUGUGACACCUGUGGGAAAAGCUUCAACCAGAAGAAUGCUCUGAAGAUUCAUCAGAGAAUACACAGCGGAGAAAGGCCGUUCCACUGCUCUAUUUGUGGGAAAAGUUUCCGAUCCCCACACUACCUCAAAAGACACAACAUGAUUCACACUGGAGAGAAACCAUAUUCCUGUGAAGAAUGUGGUAAAAAUUUCCUCACUGCUAAUAAUCUCAAAUGUCAUAAGCAGGUACACAAAGGUACAAAGCCUUUCACUUGUGAAAUAUGUGGUCAGAGUUAUAGCUCCCUGAGUUAUUUCAACGUCCAUCGACUCAUUCACAUAGAAGGGAAGAAAUUUACCUGUGCUCUGUGCAGCAAAACUUUCACCAAGCAAAGCAGCCUGGACCUCCACCAGCGUACACACACUGGGGAGAAACCUCACUGCUGUGAUGUGUGUGGAAAGAGUUUUAGCUUUCUUCAGAACCUCACUAGGCAUUUGCGAGUCCACACUGGGGAAAAACCAUUUUCCUGUACUGUGUGCGGAAAGAGUUUCAGCCAACCCAACAACCUUAAAGCUCACUUGCAUGUGCACUCGGGAGUGAAGCUGCAUAGCUGUGGUUAA